AUGCCGGAUGAAGAUGUUUACCACAUCGGAAACUUAAUCCUUAAUGGCAUGGGCGAUGGACAAGCACCACAAAUGCUAAGCUUAUUACCAAUACCACGAAGAGCAGUUCCAGUUGGCCAUGUUCGUAUGAGAAUUAGACGAGUUAAUAUUGUACGAAAUCUUUUAGCUCAUCAGAUUCAAUUAAAUCCAGACAAUUUGUUUCGACCGAGAUUACCACAGUUAGAACAAAAUAUAAAUCGAUCAAACCAGUUGCAAAAUUCACGUGAACGACAACUUCGUGGUCGUAAUAUGCGACAGUUUCAAGGAGUGAAUAGACGGGCACGUCUACGAAGUAAUGUUGACAGAAAUUCUACUGCAGGAUCAAGAAGAUCUUCUAGAGUAGGCAUUAGAAGAUCUGCUAGAAGACGAUUAACACGACCACAAAACCGAUCUCGAUCACUUUCAUCAAAUGAUACAUGGCUGGCCGGUAUGGCUCGGGAGAUUUCAGUUGCCAUUCCGAUGGAAGAAGGUGAUCCCUUGGGAGCAGUUCCCAAUGAUAAGCUUGUAAUUGUAAAAGUACAGUCGGGGACACUUGCUGAUGGAAAACUGAAAGUUGGUGAUCAGGUAUUGAAACUAAACAAUACGACAGUACAAAACUGUGACCAUUUCUUCCAGCUGCUCCGCUUUGCCCCUCCAUGUGCCAAUAUCACGUUGAUUAGGGACGAAAAAAAAGCAGCUGAAUUGGAGAGUCGGAUUCACAUACCACCCGAAAGAGCCAAAUUUAUUACACGCCGCGAUGGCUACGUAUAUUUUUUAGCGCGGAUCAAUUGGAAGCCUGGGGGACCUAAACUUGGUCUUGGCAUUAAGCACUACCAGAAUCGUGUGCUAGUUUCUCGAUGUGAUUCAAAUUCCUUGGCCUCACAACAGCUUCAGGUGGGUGAUCAUCUGAUUGAUAUUGAUGGUCACCCGGUUACCGAUAAGGAUGUCUGUCGAGAGCUUCUGUUAAAAAGUUUGCAAACUCAUCGAUCUGUCACGACUGUUGUAGAACGUCCAGAAACCAUGGAAACUAAACAUUGGAUUCAUAAUGCUCUCAUCGCAUCCUCUGCACAAGCCCCUUCAGUCGCUAUGAACAGCGACGUGAGAGCAAUUGCAGCACGAGAGCGCAAAAAAUUGGGCAAUCCUGCUCCUGUUGUUAGCAUUUUAAAAUGUUGCAAAUUCCUAAAAUAUUCAAAAUUUGAUUACAUUAAAGGAAUUCGAUUGUACUAUGCUGCUGCUACACCUAAGAAAAGUUGUCUACGAAAAAACAAUGUGGCAAUGAAGCGAGUGAACAUAGAAGAGAACAAAGCUGCGGAAUAUAUAAUAGCCAGUGAUAAUGAAGGGAAAAAUCUGCGUCAUGUCCGCAAAUAA